GCACUCCACGCCACGCCCCAUCUCCCCAUGCGGUCCCUGGGGGCCCUUAAAUUAUAAGGGCCCUCGGACCACUGAUAGCAUUCUUACUGACGUCCCCCUUAUCUCACUGUCAACGCGGUGGACUUUGAGAGAGAAAGUCACAACAGCGCUUGGUGAAACCGAAAACGGAUCUUCUGCUUUUUUUUUGCUCUUCUUCAUCUUCUACUUGUACUUUUUGACCUCGCACUGGGAGAUAUGUCCACCUCCUCCGUCCCGGACCAGCGGCUGGACCACCUCCUGAGCGCCGUGGAGAGCGAGUUCCAGAAGGGCAGCGAGAAGGGCGACGCGUCGGAGCGGGAUAUUAAGCUGAGCCUGGAGGACGCCGAGCUGUGGACCAAGUUCAAAGAGCUCACCAACGAGAUGAUCGUCACCAAGACGGGAAGGAGGAUGUUUCCCGUGCUGAGGGCCAACGUCAGCGGGCUGGACCCCAACGCCAUGUACUCCGUCCUGCUGGACUUUGUUGCGGCGGACAACAACCGCUGGAAGUACGUGAACGGGGAGUGGGUCCCCGGGGGCAAGCCGGAGCCCCAGAGCCCAAGCUGCGUGUACAUCCACCCCGACUCCCCCAACUUCGGGGCCCACUGGAUGAAGGCCCCCGUCUCCUUCAGCAAAGUCAAGCUGUCCAACAAACUCAACGGCGGCGGACAGAUCAUGUUGAACUCGUUGCAUAAGUACGAGCCGCGGAUCCACAUCGUGAAGGUGGGGGGCAUCCAGAAGAUGAUCAGCAGCCAGUCCUUCCCAGAGACCCAGUUCAUCGCCGUCACCGCCUACCAGAACGAGGAGAUCACUGCUCUCAAGAUCAAGCACAAUCCGUUUGCCAAAGCGUUCUUGGAUGCAAAAGAAAGGAGCGACCAUAAGGACAUUCCUGAUCACAGUGCGGACCAGCAGCAGUCUGGCUACUCUCAACUCGGCGGGUGGUUCCUCCCGGGUCAGAACCCCAUCUGCCCCAGCAGCAGCCCCACCCAGUUCAACGGGACGGUGCCCCACUCGCCUGGCUCCUACUGCGAGCGCUACUCCAGCCUGAGGAACCACCGGACCUCCCCGUACCCCACCCACUACCCCCACCGCACCCCCAACACCAACAACUACAUGGACAACACCUCCGGUUCUUUGCCGGCCCACGACAGCUGGUCGUCACUGCAGAUCCCCAACUCCACAGGCAUGGGCACCCUGUCCCACACCUCCAACGCCACCUCCAACGGAAGCCAGUACCCAAGCCUAUGGUCCGUAGCCGGGACCACCCUGACCCCCUCGGGCUCAGCCUCGGGGUCCAUCGCAGGGGGGCUGACCUCCCAGUUCCUGAGGGGAUCCUCGUACACGGGCCUGACCUCCUCCCUGCCCGUCUCCUCGCCCUCCUCCAUGUAUGACCCCAACCUGGGGGAGGUCGGGGUGGGGGAGGCCCAGUUCGAGAGCUCCAUCGCCAGGCUGACGGCGUCGUGGGCCCCUGUAGCGCAGAGCUACUAAGUAGCUAGGCUCUCGCUCUCUCUUUCUCUCUUUCUCUCUCUCUCUCUCUCUCUCUCUCUCUUUCUCUCUCUAUCUUGCUCUCGCUCUCUCUCACUCCCCCCCUGUCUCUCUAUGCCUGGAUGUCUCUUCAGGAGACGGACUGUCGACCCAAAGCAUCAAACAAUACAAUGAGCGAGAAAAAGACGACGAGAGAUUGUCCCAAAAAAAACGAACUAGCAGCCUGGACUCUUGUGUUUGAACGGGCCCUUCAUAUUCCAUUCCUGAGCUUCUUGAAAAGCCUUUUUUUCGUUUAAGGAUUUGAAAACCCUUAAACGUACACUUAGUUAUAUUGAUGUCAUGCCUCAGACAUGCUAUAUGAUCCCCCUCCCACCCUCUUCGAAAAAUAGAAUUGAAAGAACUAUACAUUUAAUUUUUUAAAGGUGCAAUGUAUGAUACCCCAGCGGGUUUCAUGCUAACUAUUUAUAAUUUGAAUUGCUCUCAGCGAUUGGGAAACAGUUUUGCUCAUGUGGUGCAAAACAAUCCAUCCUAGUUCAUCCUGAAGGAUGCCGCUGUCCUUCACAAUAAAAGUUUAUUUAAGAACGUCUACAAGUUCUGACCAAAGCCCAAUCAAGAUCUUCGACAGGCUUUUCCCCCCCAGUACUAAAAAUAAUAUCUAAGAGGUCAUUUUGGUUGUGCUAACAUAUAAAGUAUGUAAAUGUGUGUAUAUAGUAUACAUUAACGGACGUCUUCAUUGUUUUCAAUAUAUAUUUUUGCCUUUUUGUGAUCGCAGUCAAAUGUGUGCCUUCUCUGAUCUCAAAACUUUAAGUGCCUUUGCAUUCUCGAAGGGUUGUGGCAAAAGACUCCCCUGAAAGAAACAAAAAAAAAUCCACAUGUACAUACCUAUCUAUUUGUAUUUUGAAUCAUGAUAAGUUUAUUUAUGUCAUUUAAUAAUAAAUUAAAGAUUUUCUUUGUUUUUGCCAA